AUUGGUCAGCCUGAUCCCGGCUCGGGGCGGGGAUUGGCUGAUUGACAGCAACGUCCCGGGACAGCCAAUCUGAACGCCGGAGUAGCAGGAGAAGGUGCUGGCUGCCGCGCGGCCGAGUGUGCUUUAAUGGACAAUGUACUGCGAUGUAUGCCUGAAGUACUUGAAAUGCAAAUUUGGGACAACUUUACCAUCUAAAUGCUUGGCUGGAUUAAGCGCCUGAUGAGGAUGGUUUUUCAGCAAGUUGGAGUAAGCAUGCAAUCGGUACUUUGGUCUGGAAAACCAUAUGGUUCAUCUCGAAGUAUCGUAAGGAAAAUUGGUACUAACUUAUCUCUGAUUCAGUGUCCAAGAGUUCAAUUUCAGCUUACCAGCCAUGCAACAGAAUGGAGUCCCAACCACCUGGGAGAGGAUGCAGUGGUAUCUUUCGCUGACGUUGGAUGGGUAGCCACAGAAGAAGGAGAGUGUUCAACAAGACUAAGGACAGAAGUCAGGUCAAAGCCACCCCUUCAAGAUGACCUUCCUUUCUUCGAGAAGCCCCCAAGCAGGCAUAUUUCCUUACCAAGCCUGUCUCAAGAAGCGCCUCCACCAAAGAAUGCAGUUCUGGCCAAUGAGGAAGCCCUGCAGAAGAUCUGUGCACUUGAAAAUGAACUUGCUACUCUCAGAGCUCAGAUUGCCAAAAUCGUGACCCUGCAAGAGCAACAGAAUCUCACUGCAGUAGGUGACUUGGUUUCUGCCACAUCUGUUACCACAGCCCCACCUCCUCCCUCCACGCCACCACCGCCGCCACCACCACCACCACCACCACCACCACCACCACCGUUGCCUCCUCCUCCACCACCUCCACCAGGACUCCACCAAAGUAAAUCUGCUAUUGAUCUGAUUAAAGAACGAAGAGAGCAAAAAGCCAAUGCUGGAAAGACUUUGGCUAAAAACAAUCCAAAGAAAUCUGACAUGCCAAAUAUGCUAGAGAUCCUUAAAGAUAUGAAUAGUGUAAAACUUCGGUCAGUUAAGAGGUCAGAGCAAGAUGUAAAGCCCAAGCCAGUAGAUGCUACUGAUCCUGCUGCCCUCAUAGCAGAAGCUCUGAAAAAGAAAUUUGCUUAUCGAUAUCGAAGCAAUAGCCAAGGAGAAAUUGAAAAAGGAGUUCCAAAGUCUGAAUCAGAGGCCACCUCAGAGAAAGCGUUGUUUGGGCCACAUAUGUUGAAGUCUACAGGAAAAAUGAAGGCUUUAAUUGAAAAUGUUUCAAACUCCUAAUGGACAAUGAGCUGAAAAAAACUCCUGGUUCAGCUGGUUUGGGAGGGCUGAAUUUGGCUAGUAGAAAUCCAACACUAUUUAGUAAAUACCUGGCUUUAGUAUUCAGUGGUGUACUUUUUAACCUAGAGGAUUAAGCAAUAAUGGAAGCACCAUAACUUUGUUUUGCUUUUAUGAGAUGGUCAGUUCUGGAGCCUCCUAUAACAUACUGAAUUCUGACAUGGUUUUCACAUUUAGCCAGGAUGUUGAAGCCUCCGAUCUUGAAAACAUUUGAAAGAUUUCAGAACAUAGAAAGGACAUUUGUGGAUUUUACUGUGCAUUUUAAAAUUCUUAACACUAAUUUAUCUGUACAAAUGUUUUAUAUACAUAUAUUUGGAUAUAAAACAGUUUAAAAAAUUAUCAGUGAAUGACAAUGAGGGUAUUAUCUUCAUUUGUUUUCAGUGAGCAUUUAAUAUUCAGUAUGGGUCAGCUGGUAUAAUGUAAGUUGUUGGAAUAAAAUAUUUGAGAUUAGAAUCUUCUUGCCUCUAAUAGAACUUUUAUCUUAGAUUCUCUCUCACAUUUUUGGAGUGGAGCUUUGAAUAGGAACCAGUUGAUGUUCACUGCUGCAAUUCCAUAUGCUUUCCAUUAGAGGGAAGUUGAGAACCAGGACGGCUGCUUGUACCUCAUUGCAUCCAAUGCUGAGGAAACAAAUGUACUUUUCAAGUGGUGACAGAUUGAAUUAUUGAAUUAAAUCAUUUAAAUAUAAACCAGAUAUGCCAUCUUUCUUUAUUUUCAGUUUAAUAAAUGGCAUCAUAAAAAUGACUCAUUGCUAAGUUGAUAAUACUUCUGGAGAUGUCAGCAUAAUGGAGUUUAAAUUUUUUUAAUAUUGGUCAAAAUAUUUAUAAUGAAACAUUAUUAAGUAGGACUAUGACUUUCCUAUGUAUUAUUUAUCAUUGGUCAGAAUGCUGUUCUGAUGAAUUAAUAUUAUGCAAUGUAAUCCUUAGGUGUUAUUAGAAAGUGGAAAACUGCCUUUCUCAUCCAGGACUUAUAAGGACUUGCUAUAAGUGGUCAUUUGUAAGUGCUCAAUAAACUUUCAUGAUUUUCUAUUUGUGAUAAAUUCAGCUAAUAGUUAAUGCCAGAAUUUCUUACCAUGAGUAAAUAUUUGAAUUUUUUAAAAUUUAAAUCUAGUGAAGAAAAGUUAUACUUCCUGGGAGGAUUAGGAGAUAAGUAGAAAUACACUUUAAGUUAUUAAAAAUGUUUGUUGUUCUCCUAAAUAUUAACAAAAAUUAUUUGAGAUAAUUUACAUAGUUUGGUUAUUUGGCUUAGGUUUAAACUGUGGCAUGCUGUUGAUAGAUAUUGUUUCUAAUUGUUUGAUAUGAUUUAAAAAUUCUGCCUUUUAAGAAAUUCAGAAAAUCCACUUGACACAUAUUUUGGGCUCCUAAGAAAUUUAUAUUUGCAUCAGUAUUGAAUUUUGGCUAGUGCUCCAAUGUAAGGAAGUUACUAUUUUAAAAUAAAGCCAACUAUUAUUUCCCUUGUACAACAGUGCUUAUAUGUUUUUCUUUCAUCUUUUUCAAUAAAUAAGGUUAUUUUAUAAUGCA